GCCAAUCGGAUGCCGUCUCGCCUGUGGUGGCGGCUCGGGCGCCGGAAGUCAAGCUGCUUUCCCGGCGGCCUCCGCGCCAAGAUGCCUGACAGGAGCUUCCGGCGGGCGGGCGAGAGUCUCCGCUGUGGCGGGUGCGAGGCGUGACGGUCGGGCCCGGCCGAGGGUCCCGCGGAGCAACGCGCCGCCGUGGAUGAGAGUGUCGCUGGGAGAAGGGAGGUCCCCGAGCCCGCCUGGGAGCCAUGGCCGCGGUGGUGGCCAAGCGCGACGGGCCGCAGUUCAUCAGCGAGGCGGCGGUUCGGGGAAACGCCGCCAUCCUGGACUAUUGCCGGACGUCGGUGUCGGCGCUGUCGGGCGCCACGGCCGGGAUCCUGGGCCUGACCGGCCUGCACGGCUUCAUCUUCUACUUCCUGGCGUCCGUCCUGCUCUCCGUGCUCCUGGUGUUAAAAGCUGGACGGCGAUGGAACAAGUACUUUAAAUCCCGAAGGCCGCUUUUCACAGGGGGGCUUAUAGGAGGGCUCUUCACAUACGUCCUGUUCUGGACUUUCCUGUACGGGAUGGUUCACGUCUACUAAACCGACUAGGAGCCACAUUAGCUGCAGUGUUUUUUAAUGAAGCAGGAGGACUGUUGCCAAAAUCACCUACACGACUAGGCCAGCUUACCUUUUAAACUGUUGUUCAUCGCUUGUAUUGUUAAUACUGUCAGUAAAUUAUGUCCAAGUACAAAUGAAUCGGUAGUACUGUUCUAAUUAAACUGAAUGUGAAACUCUA